UUUCGAAAAUUCGAAAUCAGCGAAUUUUUAUUAGAAGUUUAGUUUAGAGUUUAGAGUUGAAUUUGUUGAAAUGUAAACGAUUGAUUUGAGUUUUAUCGUUAAAUAUAUUCGUAAAGUAUUAGUAUAACAUUCACAAAAUGGAUUCCGAUUCUGGUGACACAACUCCGACACCAACUGAGUUCGAAAGAAGGCAGUACCAGGUAGAACUAAUCGAAAAAAUCAAACAGAUGAACGCGAUUCUCUUUCUGCCAACAGGCAGUGGGAAAACGUUUAUCGCUCUUGAAAUAAUCAAGCAUAUGCAAAACGAUUUACAGAAACCUGUGUCAGAAGGAGGCAAACGAACCAUAUUUUUGGUCAACACCAUACAACUAGUCGAGCAACAUUACUCUUUUCUAAAAAGACACUGCUCGCUCAAUAUAACUAUGCUAACUGGAGAUGCAGGAGUGGAUCUAUGGAAGGAAAAAGAGUGGACUGCUAUAGAAAGCAAUGCUCAAAUAUUAAUCAUGACGAGCCAAAUCUACGUUAAUGUAUUAACCCACGCGUAUUUAUAUUUGAAAAACGCAAAUCUAAUUAUAUUCGAUGAAUGCCACCACGCUGUACAUAAACAUCCGAUGAAAGAGGUGAUGAAAUUUUUCGAUCUUUGUGAGGAGGAACAAGACCUACCAAAAGUCUUGGGAUUAAGUGCAACGUUGCUGAAUGCCAAUACCACGGUUUUACAGUUUAGCGACCAAUUGAGAACUCUAGAAAAUACUUUCAGAUCGAAAAUUAUAACUUCUACUCGUGUUGCUGAAGUAAAAAGGUUCUCUACCAAAGCCAAGGAAAAAUUCGAGAUACUCGCUCCAUACAAAUCACCUUCGACGAUAACCCAGCAAAUAGAUGACUUAAUCAGAAAGCAUAUAGAUAUUUUAAAGAAUUUGAAGUUAAAAGAUGUUGUGGAUAUUCCAGAAGCUUCAGACGUACUAAUGAACGAUCGUGGAGAAAACCGUGUAAAAUUAUUGAGGAAUUGCCUAAACGAUCUGAUGGUUCAUUUGGAAGAAUUCGGCACAUAUUUGUGUUACAUAGGUUGUGAGUUGUAUAUCGUUCAACUGUACAGAAUAAUGUUUGAAAAAAGUAACGAUGAACUGUACUGUAACGCGUUAAUGCUGAUGAUCACUUUGGUUAAAGCGAUAAAAAAAAUCCUAAGCAUCGAGAUUAGCCGUUCCGGAGAUUUAGAUACAAUUGAAGCGGUGAAAAAAAAUAGUUCUGAUAAACUCAUCCAUCUAUUAAAGGAGAUAGAAAAACUGGGCCCAACGGAUAAAUGUAUCGUCUUCGUCGAAAGGCGAAUGACAGCUAAAAUUCUAACCAAAAUAAUCGAAAUGUUUUUCAAGGAAACAAAAAGUCAGUUAGUUGCUGAUUUCAUGAUUGGGUUUUCCGUUCACCCGCUAAGAAACUCCAGAGAAAGCGAAUUCGUUAGAAGAUGCAAUAAGAAAGUCAUGACCAAUUUUCGAUCGGGAAAAAUCAACAUCCUUGUGGCGUCUAACGUUUUAGAAGAAGGCAUCGAUAUGCCAGACUGUAAUGCAGUCUUCAUGUAUGAUUUCCCAAAGACGUUUAGGUCUUAUGUUCAGAGCAAAGGGCGAGCUCGUAAAGAAGAAAGCACCUAUAUAUUAUUAGCUGAUAAAGACCUCGAAAAAAACAGGAAAAAUAUCGUCGAUUUUAAAAAAUUAGAAAAAGAGUUGGAACACGUCGUUCAUACAUUCGAUAUAUCGCAUGAUUCUGACGACGAAGAUAAAUCAGAUAAAGAGAACGAUGACGAAGUUUACACGACCGAGGCUGGCGCUAGUGUUACAAAAGCUCAAGCAAUACCAAUCGUCAAUCUAUAUUGUUCGACCCUUCCCAGUGAUGUGUUUACUCAGUUGACGCCUUAUUGGUGGAAGAACGAGAGCGAAGAUGGGUGUUACUGUAAACUUCAGUUUCCCAUGAACGCAGCCAUCAAAGAAAUAAUCAAGGGUCCUGUUUGUAAGAACAAAAAAGAAGCCAAACAAGCUGUAGCUUUCGAAGCGGUGAAAAUGCUUCACGAAAUGAACGCUUUGAACGAUAAGUUAAUGCCUAUAUUAGCUCCCGAUCGAGCAGAAGAUGAAAAAGAGUGGUUCCCGAAUUGGGAUAAUAGCUUUGAAAGCGCAGCUGGAACGAAAUCAUCGAAAAGAGAAUUUGACAUGCAAAUUCCCAAGUAUUUGCAAGACUGUCGUCCAAUCCCGAAUGAGAAGUGUUAUUUGCACGUUAUCAACAUGAUCCCCAAGUACCCGAUACCAAGUAUGCGUCGAAGAGAAAGAUGCCAUAUAUUGCUCACAUCUCGUUACGAAUUAGGCAUCAUCACGAGACAUAAAAUACCUCAAAUUUGCAACUUUCCUGUAUUCUCGGAUUUAGGAGAGGUUGAAAUCUCUAUCGAUACAAAUCAUUGUGCUCUGGAGCUAAAUGAAGAGGAAUUGUUGGGGAUAUCCAAAUUCCAUCGAGUUUUAUUUCUGAAAGCUGUGCAGGUUGUGAAGAAGUGUUUAAUGUAUUCCGAAGACAGUGAUUCAGUUGGAUAUUUUUUAGUGCCUUUGAAACCUUGCAAAGAAAAAAGCGAUAAGAUGGAGAUUGCCUUUAGAGUAGUAUUCGAUCAAUGGAAUAUUUUCGAUGUGAAUGAACCAUCUGAGGAGGAACGAAAAAAUGAAAGAUUUACGAAAGAAGAGUACUGGGGAAAUGUUGUCGUACCUUGGUAUCAAAGACCGGACUUUCAAAAUAACGACACGAUAAAGAAGAGAUACUAUGUCAUAACAGACUUCGAUAAUAACUACAAUUUGCUCAGUCCUUUUCCUAACGAAAGGUACGAGACGUUUGCACAGUUCUUCGAAAAAGUGUACAAUCUGAAGAGUCUGAGACCAGGCCAGCCGAUGAUGGAAGCUCGACCAAUUCCUCAUAAUCUGGACUGUCUUCGUCCGAGAGUCACGUCGACUGAUAAAUCAGAAAAGAGUAGGUCCAAAGAACAAAGCGUGUUUAUGGCUCCGGAAUUCGUCACGAAACAAACCUUUCCGUCGUGUUAUUGGUAUAAAUCGACGGUUGUGCCUACCAUUCUGCAUAGAUUGCAUUAUUUACUAGUUGCCGAAGAAGUACGCGAAAAAAUCGUUACCGAAGCUGAGAUCGGUAAACUGGAAUGGGAGAAAGAUGAAAACGAUGUGCUCCGAGUCAACGAUAAAUAUACCAUAAAAAAAUCAUCGAAUAAUCAAAAACAACCCGUACCGUCGAAAGAUGAAAAUAAAACCAAUGAAUCGAAAAUCUCGAAGAAGAAAUCCGGAGGAUACAGUCGUCGCAUUGAGAAAUUAAGGAAAGCUGAAAAAUGUCUGAUUAAAUUACUGGAAAACGAAGAAGACUUGCCCAUCGAUUUAGACAGGUCUAAAAAUGUCACAACCAAAGAUAUUAAAAAAUUUCUAACGUACGUUUCUCGAAACUUGGAUUUCGAUUGUAUUGGCGAAAGAUACUCGAUCAAACGAGUGCCUAGUUCGAGUAUUUCUGCGAGUUUAGUGAAUUACGAAGAACCUCCGAUGUUACUGACAUUGCAAGAACGUGUUGAUUACGCUGGUCCCAGACAGAAAGAGAUUUUCGAGGCUUUAACACCAGCCGGCUGCAACGAUAUUGUCGACUUGGAACGCUUAGAGACUCUAGGAGACAGUUUCCUCAAAUUCGCCGUUUCAUUUACUAUUUUCGUUUGUUUUAAUAACGUAAACGAAGGGUACUUGACAACCCUGAAAGGGCGACUCGUCGGUAACAGGAAUUUAUUAUACUGCGGAAAUAAAUUAAAUAUUGGCCCUUUAAUCAAAGUGAAUACUUUUUCAAGCAAUUUAAACUGGUGUCCGCCAGGAUUCGUUUUGCCGGAAAUUUUAUUUGAUAUUCGUGAAAUAGCUUCUCCGUCCGUUAUCUUCCACGUGAAAAUUCCGUAUUCGGAGCAAUUCUCUGGUUCAAUAUCCAUGAAUACUGUUAGCGUUAUGAAAGCUGAUGUCAAAGAAUUCAUCGAUAAUGCGGCCAACAAACCCGAAACAACUAAACAAGAGGGUGCUGCGUUAUCGUUCUAUGGCAAACAAUCCGUCAGUGAUAAGUGUAUCGCAGAUGUAGUUGAAGCCUUGAUCGGAGUCUACGUUAAGACAGGAGGCAUUAAACCUGCCUACCGGUUAUUGAACUAUCUCGGUAUUCUGGCGAAGCCAAAGUACGAAGAUAUUAUGGGUACUCAAGUACCAUCGCCAUUGUUUGAAAAAAGCAGAUUGACCGUAGAUGAUCUCGUUCCAAAUUGGAAAAAAUUAGAACAAUUGUUAUCGUACGAGUUUCGAGAUAAAUCCUACAUCGUUCAAGCUCUGUCUCACCCUUCGUACUUGAAGAAUAAUAUGACGGAUUGUUACCAAACGUUGGAGUUUAUCGGAGAUGCGGUUAUAGAUUUUCUAAUUACAAGCUAUAUUUAUCAAUACUGUGGGAACUUACCGCCGGGCAAAUUGACUGAUUUGCGAGCAUCUCUCGUUAAUAAUAAUACAUUCGGAGCAUUAUGCGUACGUCUCGGGCUACAUAAAUUUCUGCUCAGCAAUAAUAAAAAGUUGAUCGAUGCUAUCAACCGUUUCAUCGAAUACCAGGAAGAACGAAAUUACGAAAUUCACGGAAACGAGAUGAUGGUUUUGAUCUCUGAAAGCGAUGUGAAAGUAGCCGAAGAAGUCGAAGUACCCAAAGUUUUAGGCGAUUUGUUCGAAUCGAUCGCCGGUGCAAUUUAUUUAGACAGUGGAAAUGACUUGAAAACCGUUUGGAGGAUUUAUUAUAAUAUUAUGAAGGAGGAAAUACAAAAAUUCAGUGAAAAUAUUCCAAUCAAUCCUAUUCGAGCUUUGUACGAAGAACCAGGACUCAAAGUUAAAUUUUUAAAAGAAACCACCAAAACUACCGAAGACGUGAAAUUGAGAAAAUUCAUUGCUGGUAAAAUAGAAGUUCCGUUGAGUGUCAUAAAAGGUGGCGAAGAGUACUUGUACUAUGGACGGGGUGAGAAUUCGGAUUUAUGUAGAAGAGCUGCCGCUAAAUUGGCCCUUCGAGAUUUCGGCCGUACUGAAUUCGUGAUUUAGAAUAAUUUAAAUUAUAAUAGAUGAGAAAUUUUUAACCUGAUGUGGUUAUUUUCACUAUUAUUAUUGUUUUUUUACAUUCCUAUUUAUUUAUUUUUUUAACGUUUAAUUUUAAAGUGUUGAAAUACAGGGGUGCCCAAGUCAGUUUACGCCAUCAAAAGUCACAUAUAAUUCAAGAACUAAGCCUCCUAAAGAAAAACUAAUGACAUUGAUCUGAUAGGAAAUUUUAUCCUCUACAAUUUUCCCCCUUGUCAUUUUUCUCUAGGAUGCACCGUUCGCCGGAAAAAUCGACUUUUGUCAAAAAACGUGAAUUUUAAAAAAAUGAAAAAAAUUGGGGGAAAAAUUAAAAUUAUUUCAGCAGUUAAUUUCAGCUAUUUUCAACAUGAUUCCCAUAAUUUGAUGAAAUACAUACAAAAUGAUCUUUUCAAAAAAAACACGUCAAAAAUUUUUUUUUACAAAAAACCAGACCCUGUAGGAGAGGGGGGGGUGCUACCAAAAUCAAAUUUUGUAAAAAUGAAACAAAAUCGAGUGAUGUGUUAAAAUAUAGGUUUUUUGGGUCGAGGAACACGAAUCUGAGGUACUUUUUUUCUUUUUUUCAUCAGUACUCUUGAGGGCCCUUGAGGAGGUGCUACCGAAAUCAAAUUUCGUAAAAAUGAAAAAAAAUCGAGUGAUACCUCAAAAUGUAGGUUUUUUGGUUCGAGAAACACGGAUUUGAAGUCCUUUUUUCACUCAGUCUCCAUGGUGAGGUGCUACUGAAAUAAAAUUUUGUAAAAAUCACAAAAAUUCGAGUAGUGUAUCAAAAUUUAGGUUUUUUUUGGUUGGGGAGGUUUUACUUGUCAGUUUUUCAAUCAUUCGAUCUGGUAUCGUCGCGGUUAUUUUAUAUCAUAACUAGAAAAAUCGCGCCUAGUCGCAAAGUAACUAACCACACCCAAAUUCUACACACUCAAACACACAUUUUCACGCAAUCGCGGUUUUGUAGCGAGUUGAAUACAGGAAUUUAUGCCUUAUUCACUUACAAUUACUUCGCGUUAAUUUAGUUAAAAUGUAAUCCCGUUUGAGACGAGAUAUCUCAAGAAUGGUAACACCUCCUCAAUGGCCCCCUAGGGGUCUGAGGGAAAAAAGGAACUCAGAUUCGUGUUUCUCGACCCAAAAAACCUACAUUUUGACAUAUCACUCGAUUUUUUUUUUUCGUUUCACAAAAUUUGAUUUUGGUAGCGCUUCUUCAAUGGCCCCCGAGGGGUCUGAGGGGGAAAAAAACCUCAGAUCCGUGUUUAUCGACCCAAAAAACCUACAUUUUGACAUAUCACUCGAUUUUUUUUUUUCGUUUCACAAAAUUUGAUUUUGGUAGCGCCUCUUCAAUGGCCCCCGAGGGGUCUGAGGGGAAAAAAAGGACCUCAGAUCCGUGUUUAUCGACCCAAAAAACCUACAUUUUGACGUGUCACUCGAUUUUUUUCCCAUUUUUACAAAAUUUGAUUUUGGCAGCACCUCCUCCCCCCCCUAAAGUCUGGCGUUUUUGUAAAAAAAAAUUUUUGUCGUGUUUUUUUUGAAAAGAUCAUUUAUAUUUCAUCAAAUUAUGGGAAUCAUGUUGAAAAUAACUGAAAUUAACUGCUGAAAAUAAUUUUAAAUUUUUUCCCCCAAUUUUUUUCAUUUUUUUUUUUUUUUAAUUCACGUUUUUUGACAUAAAAGUCGAUUUUCCGGGCGAACGGUGCAUCCUAGAGAAAAAUGACGAGGGAGAAAAUUGUAGAGGAUAAAAUUUCCUAUCAGAUCAAUGUCAUUAGUUUUUCUUUAGGAGGCUUAGUUCUUGAUUUAUAUGUGAUUUUUGAUGGCGUAAACUGACUUUUGGGCACCCCUGUACUUACUCAUUUUUUGAAAUUUUGAGUUUAAUUCGUAUUUUCUAACCUUCGUUGUUUGUUUUUAAAUACAAUUCGUGUACUUAUAAAAUAAGAAUAUUUAUUGUGAUGAACAUUCCCAUAUUACUUAUCGUGUUUUGUCAAUUAAAAAGUUUUUCAUUCGUUCAA